CCACCGGGUCACCUUUUCCCUGCUGGAUCAGUGACCCAGGUUUGGCUAAGCCACAGCAGGUCAUUGAGACCUUCCACCCUGAUCCAAUCUGGAAGAACUUUCAGAAGCCUGACACUUGGCAAGGCUCCUUGGAUGAGAGUUUUUCUGGACUUUGGCUAACCCAAAUUUUAUUUCCCACCAGGACAUCCGAAAGUGAAAUUACAUAUGGGAUGAUGCAGUUUUCAUCCAUGCCUCUGUCGAACUGCCCUGAAAUAUCCUCAGCCAAGAGAAGAUCCUUUUGGGUUCAAGUGGGAAGGGAGAUGGGACAGGAUCUCAGGCACGGGCUGCAACUGGAUUGGGGGCUGGUCCUCCUUUCUGCUUCUUUUGCCUAGGUUGCUAGAUCACUCUCCCUACCACCACCACCGUCAUCCCUACCCCUCAGGUGCCUCCAAUUGGUGCUUCAGCCCCGGCCCCUGGGGAAGCAGGUCUCGGGGUUAUCAAGGGCUAGAAAUGUGAUCCCAGGGCCUGCUUCCCCUCCUGGUCAAGGCCAACUACAUUCUACCCGGGCUGAGGUGCCUGUUCAGGUGCGAUUUCCCAAGAGCCAUAGAGGUUGUGGGAGGUAUUGGCAAAGGGAGGGGCUGUUAUAAGAAUCUGCCUCUAGACUAAUUUCUCUUUCCACUCCCAGUGGGGCCCUCUCUCUAGUGCUAGAACAGAAGAGCAGGACAGCUCUGAUUUUUUAAAAUAAAUCCUGAAUUGUAUUUACAAAAUAGAGAUAGAAUUACAUUAUUAAAUGAAAUAAGAAUAUUUAUGCUUGUAGAAAGAUUAUUGAUUUUGACAGAUGGUCAUUGGUGGGUCUCAAUGGAAGAGCAUUCCAUUAAGUUAUGUAGAAGAAUGAUGUGUUAAUGAGUAACCAUGAUUUGGUGGGGAAAAGUAUGAGGAAAUAUUUGUCUCAAUCAGCAAGGAAACAAGAUUAGUGAAGGCCUUCGUCAACAGAUUCAAUGGACUUUUUACUCCAUUUCAGUCUCCAUCUGUUACUGCUUCCUCUCUGUGAGCAAGAAUCAGAGUCUUCACAGAGAAUAAAGCAUAAGAAUUAUGAAACAGCUAUCCUGGGAAGAAACGUUACCAUCUUCUGCAAUAUGACCAGUUUGGCUGAUGUUUUGCAAGUUACCUGGCAGAAAAUCCAAGACUCUUCACCUCACAAUAUUGGCACUUACAGUCACAAAUAUGGAGAAAGGAUUCUCCCACCAUACGUAAACAGGCUGCGGUGUAAGUUGCUGGAACCCAGUGCCUCCUUCAUGACUAUCCAAGGAGUGACAUUUGACGAUGAAGCCUGCUACAAGUGCCUGUUUAACACUUUUCCACACGUCAGCCACGGAGAACAAACCUGCCUUAACAUUUCAACUGUAUCUGAACUGGUAACUGAACUCCAGUCUGUACCUGGCUCUGAGGAUCUUCAUAGCCUUCGUUGUUCUGCUGUGGGAAAGCCUGCCCCUGGAAUCUCCAUUUACCCAUCACAAGUCACAGUACACCCAGCACAAGAGUACCUUGUUCAGAACUCCAAUGGCACAGUGGCUGUCACUAAAAUCUACAGCAUCUCUUUGAAAACUGCGAGGUCCCUGGGUCUCCAGAACGUGGUUGUGUCCAUGACUCACCCUGUAAGACACGAAGAGAAGAUAGUCCCUCUGCCAGGAAAUCAAGGAUGUAAGUAAAAGUGACAGGGAAGUUGAAGGGGGCAGCUGGUGCUGGGAAUACAGCUUAGUCUAUGAAACACUUGCCAUGAAAGCACGGAACUCAAGUUUGAUGCCCACAUGAAAAGCCACUUGUGGGUGUGUGCUUGUAUUUCCAAUGCUAGGCAAGCAAGUAAAGCUGAAUCCUGGGACUCACUGGCCAGACAGCCUAGAAUAAUCAGUGAGUGUCUGCUCUCAGUUCAGUUCUCAAGGCUAAAAAAGUCACAAGUUGGAAGGCUUUCCUGGUUUAUUUCUGGCUUCCAUAGUUCAUACAUGUACACACACAUACAUGUAUGCAAACAAGCAUGCAUUUACACAUGUGCAUACACAAACAUACACACACACACACACACACACACACACACACACAAAAGAGAGAGAGGAGAGAUAUUUAUCUUUAAAAAAUCCAUUAUGAAAAGUAUUCAUACAAAUCAGCUAUUUUGGAAGAAGUCAAUCAGUAUAAAGUACACACAUGAUUAAGGCAUGAACAAUGAAGUCAGGCACAGUAACACACACUUUAAUUCCUGCACUUGGGGGUUAGAAGCACAAGGAUCUCUGCGGGUUCAGGGACAGCCAGGUCUACAAAGUGAGUACCAAGACAACUAGUGCUGUAGAGAGAGAUGCUACUAAAAAAACAAAUCAAAGAAUGGACACUCUCCACCUUAACCCUGCAUACUGCAGCAGGGUUCAAUAAACAUGCUCUUUGCC